ACGUCAGCGGCUGGGGUGGCGGUGGCGGGUGUCUAGGUCGCAUCGCGCGCGCACGCGCAGAAUUGCCCUAGUACGACGGCGGCCGCGACUGACGGCGACGACGCCCCCUGCUCCUGCUGGUCAGCCGAGCCCGCGAGCUCGGGAGCGAGCGAGCGAGCGCGCGAGAGGGGCUAGGGGGAGAGCGGCGGAGGCGGCAGUGCUUGAGACCAUUGCACGCCUGCGAGCAUCUUCUAGAGGAAGAAACCACGUCCCUACUGCCAUAACCUUCGCUGUGGAUUGAAGCUGGUGGCGCUGGGCACCGCACUUGCUCCCGGCAACAUGAGAAACUCUGGCGUAGUCCUCAGGUCCCAGAAGCAACAGCUUUAGCUCUGGGCUUUCCUCCAAUGCCAGGCUCAAGACGGAGCUCACAGCCAUGCGAAAAGAUGUUCCAUGCCCUUGACACCUCCAAACCCCGUUGUCUUCCUGGUGCUGCAGGAGCUGAUCCCCCUUGCUGCUCCCUCGUUCCAGCAGCCCUUGUGCAAGCAUCACACCCCUAGCCAGUCCUCAGGGUUUCUUCUUGCACAGUGGCCUCAUGCCAGGCUGGGUCAUGGGGGUUUGCUGCCACCCUGGGUCUGCUGUGAAACGGGUGUGAACUUUGCAAUGGCGCCUACGAUAGGCCAGGGACCUGCCGAACACACGAGACUGCUGCUGGAGAUUGGGAGGACUGUUUGAUCGCCCCCAGGCAGCCUCUUUCUGCCUCCUCCGGAUCUCUCAGGGCACAGGUCUUGCCUGCUUCCCUCGCCCGCCCCCUCUCAUCAUGUUUCUACUGCUUCCCUUUGAUAGCCUGGUGGUUAACCUGCUGGGCAUUUCCCUGACCGUCCUCUUCACCCUGCUGUUGGUUUUCAUUAUCGUGCCAGCCAUCUUUGGGGUUUCCUUUGGCAUCCGCCGGCUGUACAUGAAAACCCUGCUGCAGAUCUUCCAGUGGGCAACGCUGAGGAUCCAGCGCGGUGCCAAAGAGAAGAACCACCAUCUUUAUAAGCCCUACGCCAAUGGCCUCAUCGCCAAGGAGCCCACCUCGCUGGAGGAGGAGAUCAAGGAGAUCCGGCGGAGCGGAAGCAACAAGGCCCUGGACGCCCCCGAGUUCGAGCUCUCGGACAUCUUCUACUUCUGCCGCAAGGGCAUGGAGACCAUCAUGGACGACGAGGUGACCAAGCGCUUCUCAGCGGAGGAGCUGGAGUCCUGGAACCUGCUGAGCAGAACCAACUACAACUUCCACUACAUCAGCCUGCGCCUCACGGUCCUCUGGGGGCUGGGGGUCCUCAUCCGCUACUGCUUCCUGCUGCCACUCAGGGUAGCCCUGGCUUUCACUGGCAUUAAUCUCUUGGUAAUAGGAACCACCGUGGUGGGCUACUUGCCCAAUGGAAGGUGCAAGGAGUUCCUGAGUAGGCACGUCCACCUGACGGGUUACCGGAUCUGUGUCCGAGCUCUCACGGCUAUCAUCACCUAUCACCACCGGGAAAACAGACCCCGCAAUGGAGGAAUCUGUGUGGCCAACCACACGUCCCCGAUUGACGUCAUAAUUCUGGCUAGCGACGGCUACUAUGCUAUGGUGGGCCAGAUCCACGGAGGGCUCAUGGGGGUGAUCCAGAGAGCCAUGGUGAAGGCCUGCCCCCAUGUCUGGUUUGAACGAUCAGAGGUGAAGGAUCGCCACCUAGUGGCCAGAAGGCUGUCAGAGCAUGCUCAGGAUAAAAAUAAACUGCCCAUCCUCAUCUUCCCUGAAGGCACUUGCAUCAACAACACUUCCGUGAUGAUGUUCAAGAAAGGGAGCUUUGAGAUCGGUGCCACAGUCUAUCCCGUUGCCAUCAAGUAUGACCCCCAGUUUGGAGACGCCUUCUUUAACAGCAGCAAGUAUGGCAUGGUGACCUACCUGCUCAGGAUGAUGACCAGCUGGGCAAUCGUCUGCAGCGUCUGGUACCUGCCUCCCAUGACCAGACAGCCCGACGAGGAUGCCGUGCAGUUUGCCAAUCGGGUGAAGUCUGCCAUUGCGAGGCAGGGAGGCCUCGUGGAUCUGCUGUGGGAUGGGGGCCUCAAGAGGGAGAAGGUGAAGGACACCUUCAAGGAGGAGCAGCAGAAGCUCUACAGCAAGAUGAUCGUGGGCAAUCACGAGGACCGGAGCCGCUCCUGAGCUCCCCGCCCCAGGGCCCCUCCGGGCGUCACCAGCUGCCUCCGAAUGCCUGCUGGCUCCGGGUCCGCUGGGAGCGGCAGCUUCCUUCCCAUCAAGCCCAGGCGGCGCUGUCCAGAGGCGGCAGCCAAAGAAGCCUUGUCUGAACGGCUGCGGCUUGGCCUGUGGCCUCAAGAGCCGCAGCCCAGGGACUUUUGCCGCAGUUGGGAGGGGCUGCGUUUGGGCUGCCCCCUUCUGCAUGCAACAGUGUGAGCUUGCUGGAUGGAUGGAUGGGUGUGUGUGUGUGCGUGCGAGCGAGCGACAGAGCGAGCGCACAGAUGUGCACAGGAUUCUCCAGCGUGGCUCUGAGCACAGCUGGACGUCUCGAGCCCCUACUGCCACUGACAGAUGCCUCCUGCCACUUCCCCGGUGGCAGUCCUGGGGCGGGGGGGAAGCACCGCCCUUUCUCCCUCCCCCUGCCCCAGACCCGACUGACUGCAAGCUGCAUGGGCUCAUUUUGCGUUUUGUAAUUAAAUGAGAUGGACGGAG